GGGAUUUCUCUAAUAAAUGUUGAUUUUCAGUUUAAAAAAUAACCUGCAUCAUGCCAAAUAAGAAGAAAAAUAAGCCAAAUGCUUAUUUUACGUUCCUGCAAACAAGGAAACCAAAGGUGGAAAAAAAUUUAGGUCGUUCUGUUUCCUAUGAUGAAGUGAGCCAAUAUGUUGGUGCUGAAUGGGCUAGGAUGUCAGCGGCUGAGAAAGCCGAGUAUGCUCCAUACAAGACGCACGUUCCUUUGGACAGCUUUGGUGUGCCACUAUAUGUGCAUCAGGAGAAACAAGAUAUGAUGAAGAAGAUGCAUGAAGAAAUGGUUCAAGGAAUAAAAAACUUAGUGGACCUGCAUACUGUUGCUCAAGAUUUAGCUCAGCUGGAGUUUGUAGUAAUGGCGGCAACAGACUAUAUCACUACGGAGAAAUCUGAAGUUGUUCCUGCCGAGAUAAGUCUCGUGAGGGUCAGGCUUGCGACAGGCUUGGAUCCUCGCCAGUAUCAUGCCAUACUCAAGCCCCCGCGGGUGUGGCCGCUGGGCUACGAAGCAGAGAUGCGCCUGCACGUCGCUGCCACGCAUCAUCUGCCGACUGACCGCAGCAGCCCUGAGUGCGUUGGUUCAGACGACUUCUCUCUCGUGACCGCUGAGAUGUCAGCCUUCCUGCAGCCUGGCUUACAGGAGGUGUCUGGAGGCGGGCUGUCUCCUGUUUUCACUCUAACUGAACGUCAGGGCAUCGUGAGGAACAUCUUAUCGCAGAAAUUCAAUAUGUGUGACGUCAAGGUGUGGUCACUGGAGGAGCUUCUGGUGCAGAUGUACGUAGCCCUGCACCCUGAGCAGGUAGGCGUGUAUUCCACCGUCUUCGCCCUGGACGACAUAACCUCCGCUCCCAACUCGCCUGACUUCCACCCCGACCUCGGAUGUGAGUGGCACCGUGUGCAGCAAAGCGACGAAGUAAACCAAUGCAGUCUGAACAUGGCGCAGCGUUGGAGCUUCAUGUUCCUGCAGGCUUUGCGGCUGGAACAGUCGCUCGGUAUAAGGCUCGUGCCGAACCGCCAUCUUCCUGGACCGACAUCGUGCUCGGGAACGCGUAUAGCGCUGUCUGCUCAUCAAACGUCCAGAAAUCGCCGGCAUCAACUGUCCAGCCAGCAAAGCCUGUCGCGUCACCUCAGCCAGCUUUCAUGUAGCGACUUCAGCGACGACACACCUCCAUCCAAGAAGGACGUCGAACAUACCAAGUCAGCUGGUCUAGCACCGUCGGCCAACAUUUCAGGCACGACGACGCCGAACAGCGUCACGUCCGAGGCAAGCAAACACGCUAACCCUCUGUUCGACUACUUCAGAAGGGGAAGAAGCUCUGAAAAUUCUAACGGCUUUGAUACUCCUGACGUCAAAUCUACGUCAGAUUUUCCUGCGCUCGGUGGGUCCCGGAAACAUAUCAACGGUAAAAAAUGAACUAAGAUUCGUUUAUGUGGACGCGGAGGAUUCGGGCGGUGCGAAUGUGCAGAACUUUUAAUUAUUGAGAGGAAUAAGCUAAAAGUUUUUUUUCAGUAAACGGAAUAGAAUGAACCGUUUAUGAACGUGCGCCCGAUUGAAGAGGAUAAGUCUAGUAAGUGUCUCAAGCUUUAAAUGAACGGAAAAUUUAUUUCUAUGUUUUUUGCGGAGUCUUUCUUACCUUUGCGGUAAAUUUAAUUUUAGGAAUGAAAUCAAAAUCGACUUCAAUUUUCUGCAAAACACAGUUGCUAGUGUUGAAUGGAACUAAUCAAAUUAUUGAAGUUAACUUAAAUUUCAUUUACGAUCUUCCAAUGGUUCACCCAUAUAUCCUGUCAACGUUUUGAUUGACAACUGUUCAUGUUUCAUUAAAUGUCUUCGAUUGCACAUGCAACUAAUUAACAUUAUCGUGAUACGGUUAUCUUCGUUCUGGAUUAAAAAGCCAAUUUUCAUCUCGCUGUUCAUUCUCAUCUGGUGGGCUCUUCAAUAAUGCACUUUGUCAUUCAUGGCAGUAGAAAGAGCUUCAUCUGUCGGAUGACACUUACGUUGCCCUGCUUCAGUUAUGUUGAUUAAAAAUUCUCAGAAAU